UAAGCUGGAGUUGGUGGGCAGAGAUGGGGGUGUGGCUGCCUCCUCUACUCCACCCAAAGGCUCGUUCAUUGGCUGAUCCUGGAGGAGAAGGAGGAGAGUACACAGGAGCCACGAAUGUCUGUAUCUGCAGCUACACAGUAAGUGAGCACAUUGUCACUCACUUUAUACAGCCGAGCCUUAACUUGCCCCUAUGGCCAAACACAUGCAGGAUAUUAGAUGAAAAUCUUUUUGAUGUCAGCUUGGAUGAAAAUAGGAUGAGGAAUCCACCUUUAUUUCAGAUGUCGAAUAAUCCCACGCCGCAUCCGAGAUCUCCAAACCGCAACAACAUGCCCCACCCAUACUACGCCAAGUUCAUCCAAGACAAUGUCCGCUUUCUGAAUGAGCCUAUAACCUACAUGGGAACCGCCAACACCAAACACAAGCAGACAGAGUGGUGGCCAAGAACAGAGGAAACCGAACCACUUCACAAACCAUCCUAUGACUGGACAACCACCCAAAGGAGUAGCUUCUGUAAAUUGACCAAUUACAGCCACCAGACACGCCAUGGCUGCAACCCACACAAAACCCCGCUACAAGGAAUAGCUCCACUUGCAUCUCCUAGAGGUAGAAAUCGGUUGCCCAAACUCUUCCAGGAAGGGAUUUCUUUCUUACAUCAAUAUGAUUCACGAUUAACACCCAAUGAACCUAUUCGAGGCAAGCGUCAUGGAGGAUUUGUGUGGAGAGAGAUAAAAACAGAGAGUGGUCCAGGCAUUCCUCAGGGAACAAGGCCAGUCCUAAAUGCCAUAGGGUCGCAUGCACUCCAACAGCCACAAACAGAAAGAGGAAAUGCGGCGGAAAGCAGUAUGACCUCACCCAAUCCCUGCCUGCAUGGUUCCCAACAGAUGUUGGAUUCUGAAGCUCACUUAUCAAAAACAGAACUGAGGGAGGCAGCCAAGACCAAUCCCAACAUGACAGCCAAAGAACAGAACAGCUCAAGCCGUUCUCAGACAUCCAGAAGAAAGGCGCUCGCUCCCAUUGGUGGAUUCGUGUCCAACCAGCCCAGUGUGAACCCCAAGUGAGCAGGCCAGGGAGUGUUAAUGCUGCUCGUCCAGACGCCUCCCGAUUAUUAUUUCCAGCUUAUAACCUCAACUCUUGUGUGGAUUGCUGACAGUAAAUAUCAUCUGGUGCCAAAUAUAAAUUGUAACAGAAUUACGUAAUUGCUGAUUCUUUGAUUUCAUUUUUGAAAUUGAAUUCUUAUAAAAAAAAAAAAAA